CCAGGGUUUCUUCACUGAGGGCUGCUGUCACUCACGGUGUCCGUAACGACUGUAAAUAAAACAAAUAUUGUCAUUUACACUGAUUUCACCCCGCUUACCACAAGAUCAAUAUUGAGGCUUCGGCUUCAGCGGCCUUGGAGCGCCAGCCAUGGCGUCUCUGUCCGAGGAGGUGUUGUUGGUGGUGAAGAGGGUCCGUCAGAGGAAGCAGGACGGGACUCUGUACCUGAUGGCCGAGCGGAUCGCCUGGGGUCCAGAAGGGAAGGACCGCUUCACAGUCAGCCACCUGUACGCCGACAUCCGCUGUCAGAAGAUCAGUCCUGAUGGGAAGGCAAAGAUCCAGCUUCAGCUGCUUCUGCACACGGGAGAAAGCACCACCUUUCAUUUCGCUAAUGGGAGCACAGCACUGAAGGACAGAGACGCCACCAAAGAACUCCUACAGCAGCUCCUGCCCAAGUUCAAGAAGAAAGCCAAUAAAGAGCUGGAGGAGAAGAACAGGAUGUUGCAGGAAGACCCCGUUCUCUUCCAGCUCUAUAAGGACUUAGUGGUGAGUCAGGUGAUCAGCGCUGAGGAGUUCUGGGCCAAUCGGCUGAGCCUGAAUACUGUGGAACACUCCCUCUCCAACAACAACAAACAGGAAGUGGGCAUUUCUGCUGCCUUCCUGGCCGACAUCAGACCGCAGACAGAUGGCUGCAACGGCCUGCGCUACAAUCUGACCUCUGACAUCAUCGAGUCGAUCUUCAGGACCUACCCUACAGUCAAGCAGAAAUACGCUGAGAAUGUUCCUCACAACAUGACUGAGAAGGAGUUCUGGACGCGGUUCUUUCAGUCUCAUUACUUCCACAGAGACCGGAUCAGCACGGGCCAGCAAGACAUCUUCUCAGAGUGUGCCAAACAGGACGAGAAGGGCCUGAUAUCAAUGGUGACCCAGGGAGUGAAGAAUCCCAUGGUGGAUCUGCUUUCUCUCGAGGAUAAAACAUUAGAUGAGGGUUACGGCACAGCAGCAGUUCCCACUACAUCAAACUCAUCCAACAAAUCACUGAGAGAGAACAGCAACUCUGCCAUAAUCAAACGCUUCAACCACCACAGUGCCAUGGUGCUGGCGGCCGGCCUACGCAAAGCGUAAGUGCCUGGACAUC